CGGUGGCGGUGGCUUCUUACUGCUGCUGUUUGGUGUGGUGCUAAUGCCUAGGAGUGCCACGGUUCUGCUCGCGGAUGCGGCGAGGAGGACCCUUACCGACGUGUCCUCGCCGCCCGCGCCAUCGCCGGCGGCAGACGCGCCCAUCCUUCCUGGUGUGGUGGUAUCUCCUCCGACAGCAGUAAAGAUCCCAACUGAAGGAGAUAACCAUUACCAAAAGCAGGUCCUAGUUGCAGUUAUCCUGUCACUCGUUGCAGUCAUCGUAAUGGCAGUAUCAGCAACUUAUGCAUGGUCCUUCUGGAGAAAAGCUCGUGAAGCUCUGGACUCCAAGGACAUGAAACUUCAAAAUCGUAGUAACGGGCACAUGUUGCUGCCGGUGCUGGGGAAACUUAAUUCAAAUAAAAUGUCCAAUAAAGAAGUAAUUGCAAUGAUGGACUUCUCAGUCUUAGAGACCGCUACUGACAAAUUCAGUGAAAAGAAUAUCUUGGGAAAAGGAGGUCUUGGUUGUGUAUAUAGAGCUUGUCUUGAUGGAAACGUAGUUGCAGCUGUGAAGAAACUGAAUUGUUGUAGGCAAGAAGUUGAGAAAGAGUUUGAGAAUGAGCUGGAUUUUCUUGGAAAAAUUCGACAUCCCAAUGUGAUCUCUGUGCUGGGAUAUUGCAGUCAUGAAGAUACAAGGCUGGUCAUUUAUGAGUUAAUGGAAAAUGGUUCUCUUGAAACACAAUUACAUGGAUCCUCUCACGGGUCAGCUUUAAGUUGGCACACUCGCCUGAAAAUUGCUCUUGAUGCCGCAAGAGGGUUGGAACACCUUCAUGAGCACUGCAAUCCAAUAAUUAUUCACAGAGAUAUAAAAUCAUCCAAUAUACUUCUUGACUCUGUGUAUAAUGCAAAGAUAUCAGAUUUUGGCCUUGCAACAUAUGGUGGAAACCACAACAGAGAUGACAUAAACCCUUCAGGAACUGUUGGUUAUGUUGCACCAGAGUAUCUUCUAGAUGGUCAAUUAACUGAGAAAAGUGACGUAUAUUCUUUUGGUGUGGUUCUUCUUGAGCUGUUGCUUGGAAGGAAACCAGUGGAAAGGGUUGGAGAGUCUCAUUGUGAAUCUAUUGUGUCAUGGGCCAUGCCUCAGAUAACGGAUAGAACAAAGCUGCCACAAAUAAUUGAUCCUGUUAUCCAAAACACCAUGGACUUGAGACAUCUAUAUCAAGUUGCUGCUGUUGCUGUCCUUUGUGUUCAGCCAGAGCCAAGCUAUAGACCACUAAUCGCAGAUGUUCUUCACUCGCUUGUUCCUCUUGUUCCUGUGGAGCUUGGGGGCACUCUGAGGGUAGUCGAGCAACCCCGUUCAGCUGGCUAAAAAGACGGAGACUUUUUUAAGCAAAGUAUGCCUUCAUUUGCAUGGAUUGUGCCAGUUCUCACCCAUGAUGAGCAAAAUGAGACCAGUGCGAUCUGUUUUAAGAGGGAACUAUUCGUUCCGUGGCCAUUAUUUUGCAAUGCAGGCUUGUCAUGUUGCUUCCAACGUUUUCUGGUCCAUCAACCUGCUAUGGACUUGGGUAGUAGUUUAGCUUACCGAUACAGUUUAACUGAUAUGGGACUAUGUUCUAAAGAAA